CUUAACCGGUGAUGUCCACUCAGCCUCAAGGAGAAAGAAGGAGAGAGGUGUUUUCAAAGGUACCAAAGAACAAGAACAUCCUCAAAGGCUGAUGGGACACCGCAGAAGAAGAGUCCUUUACUCUGGGAUACGAGUUCCUUAAAUGCACCAUGAGGACCAUCAUAAUAAUGAAAUGUCCUGCUUAAGUCAACCGUAAAAAAAGAGACAUGUUGUCUGCACAGGGAACGGCUGCUCUGGCUCUUUUUCACAGUGUAAUGAUAGUAACUGCCCUGAUAGACUCAGAUGAUGUCAUCACGCGAGACGAGCAGAUCUACGUUUUGAUUGGCGCUCACGCCAAGUGUGAAAGAAGCAUCAAGGCUCAAAUGGCCCUGGUUAAAGAAGGUGAAUGUAACCCAGAGUGGGACGGGAUCAUCUGCUGGCCUCGGAGCAGAGCUGGUCAGCUGAUAUCAGUGCUGUGUCCAGAGUACAUCUAUGACUUUAACCACAGAGGCCGUGCCUACCGCCAGUGUGAAUCUUCAGGCAACUGGGAGCAGGUGCCCAUUAUCAACCGCACAUGGGCCAACUACACCGAGUGCACCACAUACUUGACCUCCAACCACAGAAGACAAGAAGAGAAGGUGUUUGAGAGGCUACAUCUCAUGUACACUGUUGGCUACUCCAUUUCCCUAGCAUCACUGUUGGUGGCGGUCUUCAUCCUCUGCUAUUUCAAGCGUCUCCAUUGCACUCGCAAUUACAUCCACAUUAACCUCUUCACCUCCUUCAUCUGUCGAGCUGUCAGCAUAUUCGUGAAGGACGCUGUGCUCUACAACAUAUCUGAUGAUAUUAACGCUGACCAUGACUACACUGCACAGAAGCCGCAGAUGGCUGGCUGUAAAGUUGCUGUCACUUUCUUCUUUUAUUUCCUGGCAACUAAUCAUUACUGGAUCCUGGUGGAGGGGCUGUACCUGCACAGUCUCAUCUUCAUGGCCUUUCUCUCUGACAAAAACUACCUGUGGGCCCUCACAAUCAUAGGCUGGGGUGUUCCAGCUGUGUUUGUGUCUAUUUGGGUCAGUGCACGAGCAUCGCUGGCAGAUACACAAUGUUGGGACAUCAGUGCAGGAAACUUGAAGUGGAUCUAUCAAGUUCCAAUUUUGGCAGCCAUUGUUGUGAAUUUCCUCCUAUUUGUUAACAUAAUACGUGUCCUGGCCUCUAAACUGUGGGAGACAAACACUGGUAAACUGGACCCUCGGCAGCAAUAUGGCAAGCUUCUCAAAUCUACGUUAGUCCUCAUGCCACUGUUUGGGGUUCACUACAUGGUGUUCAUGGCUUUGCCUUACACUGAGGUGACUGGGCUGCUGUGGCAGGUGCAGAUGCAUUAUGAGAUGUUCUUCAACUCAUCCCAGGGCUUUUUUGUGGCAUUUAUCUAUUGUUUCUGCAAUGGGGAGGUGCAGGCAGAGGUGAAGAAGGCGUGGUUACGACGCAGCCUCACCCUGGACCUAAAACAGAAAGCGAGGAUGACCAGCAGUGGCGGUGGAGGCAGCUGUUACUACGGUGGCAUGAUGUCUCACACCACCAACUAUAGCGUCAGCCUGUCUGCUGCCAAUCCCAGAAAUCUAUCAUUUACCUCAGCUGCAGGUGUGGGGCCAGGCAUCAAAAUGCAACGCCAUGGCUCUCUGCAACCACCAAACAGCCUGCCUGGGUACUUGCUUGGUGAUACUGAGACACAUGGCCCCAAACAAGACAUGGUUGUAAGGAAGCCAGGGGGGACGGAGUCUGGCGUUAUCGCCCGGCACACCAAAGCUAGCAAAGGGAAUGAUGAGUCCAAAAGUCAUGGAGCAUCUUCAGCACACACUCCUGGAGCAAAAAAUCCAGAGAGCUGCUCAUCUCUAAAAGAACUGGAGACCAUCUUGUAAUUUUUGUUUAAAUGUUGAGAUGAGAAAACCUGAUAGUGAACUCAUGCAGACGACAGAAGAUCUCUGUAGAUGAGAUCUUCUGUAGAUGACAGAAAUACAUUUUUCUGGCUUCACGCAGGGUUAUCUGUAUAACCUCUUUGUUGAUUUGAAUCUGCAAAUACAAGAGUGCUGACCUGCUGAGCAAGCAAUUGGUGGUUGACAUGUGUUCUGUGAAUUUCGGAGGU